AUGUUGGCCAAGCUGUCUCUCCUUCCUCUGCUGUCCGCCGCAGUCGCGGCGACUCCCCUGCUUGGUGCCAGAGCUCCGGUGGCUGCACUCGACGAGAGAGCCGUGACCGUGACUGCUGGCGACCUGUCCAACUUCGAGUACUACGUCCAGAUGGUCGCAGCAACCUCUUGCAACGACGAAACUGCCGCCAAUACCUCCAUUACCUGCGGCGCGGACGCCUGCCCCGACGUCCAAGUCAACGGUGCAAAGAUGAUUCACACCUUCUCCGGUGCUACUACCGGACUCCAAGGCUUCGUCGCCUUGGACCCCACAAGGGAGAACAUUGUCCUCGCCAUCCGCGGCUCCAGCAACGUUCGCAACUGGCUCACCAAUCUCCUUUUCGGCUUAGAAGACUGCGACUUGGUCGAUGGCUGCAAAGUCCACUCCGGCUUCGCCAACGCCUGGAACGAGGUCAAGGGGGAGGUCUUGAGUGCCAUCAAGGCGGCCAAGACCGCCAACCCCAGCUACACCAUCGUCGGGACCGGCCACUCCCUCGGCGGUGCUGUCGUCACUAUUGCCGCCGCCUACCUCCGUCUUGACGGCUAUCCCGUCGACAUCUACACCUACGGCUCCCCUCGCGUCGGCAACGAGGCCUUUACCAACUUCGUCACCGUCCAGCCCGGCGCCGAGUACCGCGUCACUCACGUCGAUGACCCUGUCCCCCGCCUGCCCCCUAUCCUAUUCGGCUACCGCCACACGAGCCCCGAGUACUGGCUGUCUACCGGCAACGGCACCACGAUCGACUACACCCUUGCCGACAUCAAGGUCUGCGAGGGCGACCGCAACACCGAGUGCAACGGCCGCUUCACACUUAAACUCGACACCGACGCUCACGUGCACUACUUGCGCGAUAUUGAAGCCUGCAAUGCCGACGGCUUCGAGCUCCGCUCGAUAGAGGAAGACAUCUCGGAUGAGGACCUCGCGGCGCGCCUCGCGGCCUGGGCUGCUCAAGACGUCGAGUUCAGCAACACUAUUAUGCAGGCUUAA